ACAAGUUUGACGGUCAAACUGCUACGUCUCUCGUGUUGCCGUGACGACGGUGGCUUGCUCCUCCCCACCGCCAUCGUUUGCUUCCCUUCCCCGCCAAUCAAUUUCAGAACCAAAAGGAGCUCUUUCCUCCUCAUCGCUUGAUCCGUUCAUCAGCCUUCUCCCAGCAUCAUCGCCGAUUGCCAAUUGCCGAUUGAAAAUACUCUGUUGUCUCACGCGAAUUGAUCCCAAAUAAUCGAUGGUGACAACGGAAUUUAACGAAAAAUCUUCAUACUCCUCACUGUCAAAGCUAGAUUUGGGUAGUUACCAUGACAAAGAGAAUGGAAGCUACUUGGUUGAUCCUGAUAAGGGCGCUUCAUGGCUGAGAUUGCCAAAACAUGAUUGUCUAUUCCAAUCAUCAUCAGAUGACUUUCUCGACCAAGGCAAUCAAAGUCAGAACUCCUUCCACAGAACCCAACCCAGCCAACUCAGAGCUAAUCCUGAAGUGAACUUGAAGAAUGUUUUGAAUGGGUUAUAUUCAAUUCUUGUGGGACGAAACCAAGCAGAUAGUGCCAGUCAACCUCAGCUAACCUCUGGUUCAGAUGAAUCCCCAAGCUCAGACAUAUCAUUUUUCGGUGUAGGACCAAAUGGGGAUAGUUUUUUGCAUCGAUCAGUUUGUGUGCCAAGUGCACCACCAUUUGAUGUAGAAGCUAUUAACUGUGAUACAUUCAAAGAUAUGCUUGAGGCAGAUCCGCCCGAAUGGAUUCCUGAUAGUUAUUCAAGAGUCUGCAUGCAAUGCGAUUCCCCUUUCACAGUCAUCACCCGAGGAAGACAUCACUGUCGUUUUUGCGGUUGUAUAUUUUGCAGAGAAUGUACAAAAGGAAGGUGCUUGUUACCAGUCAAAUUCCGAGAACGAAAUCCUCAAAGAGUCUGUGAUUCUUGCUAUGACAGGCUUGAUCCUUUGCAGAGCAUACUGAUUGUCUCAAACAGUAAUUCUGUGCAAUCAGCUAAACAUGAUGUUACUGACUGGACAUGCAUGAGAGGAUGGUUAAAUUUUCCUGUCGGCAUGUCUAUGGAGUAUGAAAUAUACAAGGCCACAAAUACCUUGAGGAGUUAUUGUCAGGUUGCUAGGUUAGAUCCUGAGAAAUCAAUUCCCUGGGUUAUCCUUAAAGGAGCAAAAGGACUUGCCAUACUGACAGUAAUUAAAGCUGGUGCACUUCUUACUUACAAGGUGGGUACUGGUCUUGUAGUUUCUCGAAGAGUUGAUGGAUCAUGGUCUGCGCCAUCUGCCAUUCUAUCUAUUGGUCUUGGAUGGGGAGCACAGAUGGGAGGCGAGCUUACGGAUUUCAUCAUUGUGCUUCAUGGCUCUAGAACUGUCAAAGCAUUUAGCAGCAACAUGCAUGUCUCAGUGGGUGCAGGCUUGAGUGCUGCUGCAGGACCAGUAGGGAGAGUGUUUGAAGCAGACGUCAGAGCUAGUAGUAAAGGGUCUGGCAUGUGUUAUACAUACAGUUGUAGCAAAGGUGCUUUUGUUGGAGUUUCACUCGAAAGCAACUUCGUAGCAACCAGGACCGAGACUAACUUGCGCUUCUAUGGCGAUCCUUACCUGACUACAAAUGACAUUCUCUUUGGGACAGUGAAGAGGCCUACAGCUGCUGAGCCCUUGUACUUGGCAUUGAAUGGCUUGUACUCAAAACUAAGUAGUUAGUUCUCCUUCAAUCAUCUCUUGUACAUAUUCUACCCCACCGGCUGUCUAUUCUCUUAUGAUCUCAGCUGUCAAUUAACUGGAAGGUGCAAAUAUCUCAUUAUUGUUGACUGAAUACAAAAUCCUGUCUAUCGAACAUCAA